CGAAAGAGUAGCUUUGUACUUUGGAGUGAACACCAUUGCACUUCUUCCUCUUCCGCUCCACCCCUUCCUUAAUCGUCACUUUUUUAGUCUUAAUUUCGCUCCUUGGUUUUUUUCCCUUUUCUUUCUGGCCCAAUUAUCCGAAAUCAUGCGUUUCUCUGCCUCCUUUCUCCUCGCUCUUCCGGCUAUUGCUGCUGCCGAGCAGAUUCCCCUGGGUGACACUGUGAAAUCAUGGUUCAACAAGAUCCAGCCGCAGGUCCCUGAGCCGGUCGCAUCUCCCGUCCAGGCCGCGUCCGCAAAGGCCGCCGACCUCGCCGUCACCCCAUUGACGCUGGACAAUUGGCAAUCCGCUUUGACGCCCAGCGUUUCUGCCGAGUCCUCCGACCCUGAGGAGUGGUUGAUCUUGAUUACGGGUGGAAACAAGACCUGCCAUGGCUUCUGCGACGUGAUCGAGAAGUCUUGGAAUAAAUCUGUUCCGCUGCUCGCCGCAACCCAAUCGCCGCCCCACCUAGCCUCUCUCAAUUGUGAGACAGAACGUGUUCUGUGCAAGGCACUGGGUGCCUAUCCCACCUCCCUUUGGCAUGUCUCGCUGCCAGUUCCCGCCCCCGACCAGUCCAAACCCGAGACUCCCAUCCACAUUGUCUGGCUGAACCGCACGCACACUGAGCCCUCCGACUUUGUCAAGAUCCACAAUGAGAAGGUCUGGGAGACACACUCCGAAAAGUACGAAGGCGUCUUUCACCCUUUUGAUGGCUUCGUUGCCCAGCAGGGAUUGACUAUCCCCGUUGGCUACGUUCGGUUUGCAUUCUCUCUGAUCCCUCAGUGGGCCUUUAUGCUCGGCAUUAGCUUGUUCACUCGUAACUUUAUGGGCCGUCGUAUGCAGCCUCAGGGAGCCCGUCCCGGCGCUGCUGCUGGUGCUCCAGCUGCCGGUGCCGCUCCGAGAGCCUCAUAAAAGAAUCUUCGUGUUUCUUGGAUGUAACAAGGGCUGAUUGAAAGUGCCCCUUUUUAUUCUUGGUAACUAUUUAGGGAGCAGGUAACAAAAUCGGCGGUCCGGUGAUAUUUACCUAUAUCGAAGGCAUAGGGUCGCAUUAUAUAGAAAUAUAACAAUUGUAAUACAUCUUUUUGCAAAUAGACUAUUCCGCUUUU